GAUUUUGCUUGUGGACUCCUUUGUACGCAGAUUGUGGACAGUGGAAAGGAAUUUCUCUCUCUCUUUUUUUCCUUUCUAAAGUGGGAAUGCUUCCUCCUGUUUUCCGUGGUAUGUGGAACUGGGAGCGACCAUGUUAUUAGGGAGGUGAUGAAAAGAGAAGCUGGCUGCUCUGUCCCAGCUUGAGGAAAAAAGCUGGAAAGAAGCGGAGUGUGUUUCGGACCGAGGCAUACAGUGGAACAAAGGGAAAUAUAAAAUGGCAGAGCCUCUGUCCCACUGACGAGCAGGACUGGAAUGUUAUCUUGACCUUUUUUCUUGAAAGUAACCAAGUUAGCGAUGAGUGGGGCCAAGAACAAGGAUGCACGCCCCCCGACAUUCGCUGUCAGUGUGGUUGGCCUCUCUGGGACAGAGAAAGAAAAGGGCAACUGUGGCGUGGGCAAGUCUUGCCUCUGCAACCGAUACGUGCGCCCUGAUGCAGACAAUUACUACCCUGAGCACACCUCUGUGCUCAGCACGAUAGACUUUGGUGGACGUGUGGUUAACAAUGACCACUUCCUGUACUGGGGGGAGCUGUCCCAUCGAGGGGACGAGGGUUUGGACUGUAAAAUCCAAGUCAUUGAACAAACUGAGUUCAUCGACGACCAGACGUUUCUUCCACAUCGGAGUACAAACCUGCAGCCGUACACCAAACGAGCUGCAGCCACCAAGCUUCAGUCGGCCGAGAAGCUGAUGUACAUCUGCACAGACCAGCUGGGCUUGGAGCAGGACUUCGACCAGAAGCAAAUGCCUGAUGGGAAACUGAACAUUGACGGCUUUGUGCUUUGUGUUGACAUCAGCAAGGGUUGCAAUAGGAAAUUUGAUGACCAAAUGAAGUUCGUUAACAGCCUUUACUCUCAGAUCGUCAAGUCAAAGAAGCCGAUUGUCGUUGCCGCCACGAAAUGUGACGAGUGUGUGGACCAGCACCUGAGGGACCUGCAGGCCUUUGUUGCCAGUAAGAAGAACUUGAUGCUAAUUGAGACGUCAGCACGCACCAAUGUAAACAUAGAGCUGUGCUUCAAUGCUCUUAUCCAGCAGCUGGAUAAAACAAGAGGAAAGCCAAAAACUGUGCCAUACCUGGAGGCCUAUAAAACCCAACGGCAACUUGUUGCCUCAGUAACGGAUAAAUUUGAGAAACUGAUGAUACACACAGUAAGAGAUUAUCACACCACGUGGAAAACAGUAACAAGUAAUAUGAAGGGCCAGCCAGACUAUGAUGAGUUCAUUACUUUGGAGGGCUCUAGAAAAGCUCUUAGUAUGUUCACAAAGCACAUUGCACAUCUGAAGCAGGAGCACGUUAAGAGGAGGAGGGAAGAGUACCUGACGACACUGCCAAAAACCCUUAACAAUCUUUUUAAUAGCCUGGAUGAAGUCGAACAUCUCUCAUGGCCAGAGGCACAGAGUGUCAUCCGCAACCGACCCGAUUUCCACUACUGGUUUGUGGUGCUGGAGCAGACGCCGUGGGAUGAGACGAACCACAUCGACAACAGUGACCGAAGGAUACCCUUUGACCUCCUCAAUACCCUGGAUGCAGAGAGGAUUUACCACAGCCACGUCCAGCACCUGCUGUCGGAGAAGAGAAGGGUGGAGAUGAAGGAGAGGUUCAAGAGGACACUGGAAAGGGUUCACUUUAUCAGUCCGGGGCAGCCUUGGGAGGAAGUCAUGUGUUUUGUCAUGGAAGAUGAGGCCUACAAGUACAUCACAGAAUCAGAUAGGAGGGAUGUUUACUGUAGACACCAGCAGGAAAUAGUUGAAAAGGCCAAAGAGGAUUUUCAGGAAAUGCUUUUUGAGCAUGCAGAGCUAUUUUACGACUUGGAUCUGAAUGCAACCCCCAGUUGUGACAAGAUGAGUGAAAUUCACAGUGUGCUAAACGAGGAGCCCAGAUACAGAGCUCUGCAGAAGCUUGCCCCGGAUAGAGAGUCACUCCUCCUGAAACACAUAGGCUUUGUUUACCACCCCACCAAGGAGACAUGCCUGAGCGGGCAAAACUGUGUAGAUCUUAAAGUGGAACAGGUUUUGGCAAACAGGCUGGCGCAGCUUGAUCAUGGACACUCUAAUCUCUACUAUAACAGUGCUAACAUCGAUAAGAUCAACCUCUGCCUUCUGGGAAAGGAGGGUCUUUCGCAGGAAUUAGCCAAUGAGAUUAGAGCUCAGUCCACAGACGAUGAGUACACCCUAGAUGGUAAAAUUUAUGAACUUGACCUUCUUCCUGUGGAUGUCAACUCCACGCUGCUUUUCAGCCACACGUGGAUUGCAUCGUUCAAGCCACACGGCUGCUUCUGUGUGUUCAACUCCAUCGAGUCACUCAACUCCAUUGGCGAUUGCAUCGGCAGGAUCAGAGCAGAGAUAGCACAAAGCCGACGAGAUAGAUUCGCUCAGCCUCUCCCUUUUAUUCUCAUCCUUGCAAAUCAGAGGGACAGUGUUUGCAAAAACAUCCCUAUCCUAAGGCACCAGGGCCAGCAGCUGGCAAACAAGUUGCAGUGCACCUUUGUCGACAUCCCCUCUGGAGCUUUUCCUCGGAAAUUUACGGAGUUCCAAAUUAAACAGGGGCUCCGAGCCGUGCUGGAAGGGCUGAAGCACAGCUUUGACGUCCUGACCCCGCUGCCUUGCAUCAAAGACAUGACGGAGAUGGACCUGAGAAUUGUCAUGUGUGCCAUGUGUUGGGACCCCUUCAGCGUUGACCUCAUCCUCUCGCCUUUCCUCGACUCCCACUGCUGUAGCGCCGGGCAGCCAGGCCAGAGCAACACGCUCGUCUUAGAUAAGAUCAUUGGGGACAGUCGGAAGAGGAUCCAAGUUACCGUCCUCUCCUACCACUCUGCUAUCGGUGUCCGUAAAGAUGAACUGGUGCACGGCUACAUUCUGGUUUACUCUGCCAAACGCAAGGCCUCGAUGGCUACGCUGCGGGCGUUCUUGGCUGAAGUCCAAGAUGUGAUCCCCGUCCAGAUGGUUGCUAUCACAGACAGUCAGGCCGACUUCUUUGAGAAUGAUGCCAUCAAGGAAUUAAUGACAGAGGGAGAGCAUAUUGCCACGGAGAUUGCUGCCAAGUUUACGGCGCUCUACUCGCUGUCACAGUAUCAUCGGCAGACGGAGGUCUUUACCCCCUUUUUUAAUGAAGUUCUGGAAAAGAAGCCGAACAUUGAAAGCUCCUUCCUGCUCGACAGCUCAUUACGCGAAUGCACCACUGGAGCCAGUGAAGAUGUCUUUCCUACAUCGCCUCAUAGCCAUUCACCGGCCUACAACACCUACUACCCAGAAUCAGAUGAUGAUAAUGAGGCCCCCCCACCUUACAGUCCAAUCGGUGAUGAGGUUCAACUUCUCCCUACUCCAAGUGAACGAGCCAAGUAUCGCAUUGACCUGGAGGGCAAUGAGUAUCCGGUCCACAGCACGCCUGUUGGUGAUCACGAGCGCAAUCACAAAGUGCCUCCACCUGUCCGGCCCAAACCAGUCCCUCCCAAGCCUAAUGUGAAAAAACUGGACCCCAACCUGCUCAAAACCAUCGAGGCUGGCAUGCGAAGCAACCGCCGCUUGCAGCGUGGGCCGGUCCCGCACCUGGAAGAGGUGGAAGCAUCAGACAACUAUGCAGAUCCUGUGGACACCUUGCUCAGGUCCAGGGGUUACCACAACGAUGAUAUAUACGCUGUGCCUGAUGAUGCACAUAGCCGCCUGGUCAAAAUUAGAAACUCCUUUGGAGGGUUACAUGGUGUUCACGGAGCAGAAGAGGAGAAUGGAUUCGAUCGGAAGUCUCAGGCUGGAAGGCGUCCAUCAAAGUACAAACAUCGGUCUAAAAUCUUAUUCAGUAAAACCAAGGCCUACCAAAGACGCUUUCAAUCUGACAGCGAUGGGGAAGAGUCAUGCCCCGCCACGCAGAAAAAGAAAAAGGGAAGAGCCCAUCGGGGCAGCGAGGAAGACCCACUCCUUUCCCCGGUCGACCCAUGGAAGUCAGGUAUAGAUAAUCCUGCAAUCACCUCCGAUCCUGAGCAGGAGGACAAGAAGAUGAAGAAGAAAAAGACACCCAAGACACCAAAGGAACCCAAGAAGCCGAAAUCAUCUAAACCUCCAAAACCUUUGUACCCACCCACCCGGAGAACCUGGGAGAGCAACUACUUUGGUGUUCCUCUGCAGAACCUGGUGACCCUGGAGCAUCCCAUCCCACUCUUCAUUGAGAAAUGUGUUGACUACAUAGAACGAACUGGUCUGACGACAGAAGGCCUGUAUCGUGUCAGCGGGAACAAGACAGACCAGGACAACAUCCAGAAGCAGUUUGAUCAAGAUCACAGCAUUGACUUUGUGGUGAUGGAUGUGGCCGUGAAUGCUGCUGCCGGAGCACUGAAGGCUUUCUUUGCCGACCUGCCGGACCCGCUGAUCCCCUACAGCCUGCACCCGGAGCUCGUAGAGGCUGCAAAAAUCAUGGACUACAUCGAGCGUCUGCAGGUCCUGAGAGAGAUCGUGAAGAAGUUUCCUUCUGUCAACUACCAGGUCUUCAAAUACAUCAUCACGCACCUCAACAGGGUGAGCCAGCACAGUAAGACCACCCUGAUGACGGCCGACAACCUCUCCAUCUGCUUCUGGCCCACUCUGAUGCGUCCCGACUUCGAGAACAAGGACACCCUGUCCACCACCAAGCUGAACCAGGCCGUAAUCGAGACCUUCAUCGUGCAGAGCGACUACUUCUUCCACGGAGGCGAAGUGGCGGAGAGCUCCAGCAGCGAGGGGACGCCGCCGCCGCAUUGCCACAACAUGGUGGAGGCGCUGCUGCCGCUGCAGCUCCCCCCGCCCCUGCAGCCACAGCAGAUCCAGCACAGCCUGCACCCCGACCCGCUCAUCUGAACCCCGCUGGGAGAGUUUGUCUUGCUUUUAGCUGCCGGUGGCAGGCUGGAGCUCAUCCUCCAUAAACGCCUGUCCGGCUGAUUUCAGGACAAACUCAACAACCUGCUGCGGGAUUUCUGGAGGACUCCUCGUCAGCUCUCAGACGUAUGAGCUUUGGGGUUUAGAGACACAUUGACCAUUUGUUGGAUUAGUCCUAAUCUGAGAGAUUUUCUCAUCCCGGAGGUAAUUCCUGGAUUAGAGAAUUUCAGUCGCACGUCACCUUUGGAACUAACGUUUUGGAUCUGAUUGCCUCAGUUAGGAAGGAGGGAUGCGGAACAAACAGUUUGGAUUUGGCACAUAACUAAUUAUUAACAAGGUCAGACCGAGACUCAAAUCCCAUCCCUCCUCUCCCUGAUGAUAUAGCACAGUAGGGUCUUAUGUCCCCGUUAAGCCCUGCCCUCCUUAUCUUCGCUCCAAGGCCUGAGGAGAGAAGUCCCUGUGGCUGCUUCUCUAGUCUGAAACAUCUGACAGUGGCUGGCUGCUCACCCGGCUCACCUUGGUGAGGAUUUCAGAGUCUUCCUGCAAGUUUCAGCACAGGAAACAUUCGUCGUCCUGCAGCCAGAGGGAACCGGGCCUCUCAAGACGCUACGAGUCCACCUUCAUCACAAACGCAGGAUUUCAUCGUUUGCAUUUUUGUUUUUGUUUAAUAGAGCUCUGGUUUAGAUUUUUCCCACUACGUGAACUUUAGAGGACACAUGCACGAUCUGUGUACAUCAUCUUCAUCUUCUUCUGUUUUUAUCUAUUUUUUUACUUCUGACUGGUUCUGUGUGCGAGCGUGUGCGUGAGCCGGUGUGUCUGUGUGAAGCGUGGUCCAUCAGCAGCCAGUGUGUCCUUCUCUGCAGAGGGAAGGAGGAUUCACAAGGGAAAAGCCACGGAGCGACUCCGUGCAGGAGAACCGGACUGAGUCUCUCAUUCUUAAGAGACGAUAAACUGCACCAGCCUCCUCGGACGAGCGAGGGAACCAUCUGCUUCCAUCCCUCAUCCUCCUCUUUCUGUUGGGUUGGUGGACAAUUUGCAUGUCUCUGAUUUUGCCACUAAGUGAUAAAAACUUUGAAAACAUUGGAAACACUUUGAAUCUAAGUGAGCUCUUGUUAAGAGUUGCAUCGUUUUAUCUUGAAUCUUUGGUUUAAGGGGAAAUUUCCACAGAAAAUGUUCUUUUUUCAUUUUUACUCAUGAAAGAAAUCCAACUCAAUAUCAUAUUUUUUGUUAAAUGUUGAAUAGUUUUCCCUAAAUAGAGGUAAAAUAUAUAUAAGUACAUAUAUAUGAAUAUAUAAACCUGUCAGCAGCAGGAGUUGCUGAUGGCGUGAACCAGCACCGGGUACUGGACUGUAACCCGUCAGAAGCUAGAAUCCUAUUUCUUCUGAUGGGGUGUGAAUGUGUGUGAGAGUGUGUGGCGUUCGGUAGCAAAUGGGUGGGGUUAACUCCUCUCUGGCCCGUCCAACAGAGCAGAAAUCAGCCUCGUUCUCCAUCCAGGACACUGAGGGAGAAGAAGGGUUGAACAUGUCUGAGUUUGUUCCUGGAACCCGGAUCCCUCCCGGUCUCUGGUGGGACGUUCGUCACGGAUGCAACACGCCUCGUCUGCUGCUGCUUGUCUUACCGUUCAGGAGGAUUUCCAUUGACUUUGUGGUACUUUAACCUUUCACUACACUACAAACAGGAAACGCUGAUAAUUUAGUCCAGAUUCUUUCAUUUAAUGUUGAUUAAAACAUAACCUCAUCUUUUAAAGGAUCGUUUGGCUCUAGUGGCCUUAAUUCAGCUGUCGAGAGGACGGGAUGUAACGAGGAGCUGAAGCCUCCUCAGCCACACCCACGUAUGCCAAGAAAACCUAGAAAACCCUUCUAGCCAUUCUAGACUUGGUUUUUGUCCUCUCAGGCCACUUUCCCUCCGUUUAUGUCCACCAUUUUUCUUUUGUUUUUAACUCCAAUCAGGAGGAAUUUCUUGUGUUUCUCUUGAAAACUCUGAAAUUCCAGUUUCACUUUUUCCUAAAUGUCAAUGGGACAAAUUUACUACCUUUUUAAGUCAUUAGAGGACAAAAAAGUCCUAGAAGAGCAUUACAGAGCGACGCCUCAUUUGAUGCUCGACUCUUCAGUCCGAAUCCCAACAACCAAACAUGUGAUCCAGUUAUUUUAACCCUUCACAGCCUGUUUCAUGAAGUCACUGUUUUUAUAAAAAAUACACAUUAAACCAGUCAUUUAGCAUAAACUCCAUGUUGGAGAGCUGAGGGUUUUUCUUAAUUCAGUUCAACUUUAUUUUCAAAGCACCAGUUAAAUAUUUUACAUAAUCCAUUGAUUUGGCUCCAACUAAAACCGAAACACCCGAGUCGGCUUUAUAAGAACUGUGUUCAUAAAAAUAAUGAAAGGAAAAUGAUUUUAUUUGUCUUAUUUUCUUAGGACAGGACUUUUCUGUCCUCUAAGGACCAUAAAACAAAGUAAAUCUUAAAUUUAACAGUAAAAAAUACUAAAUGCAUUAAAUCAUGUUGUUAAAAGUUGAUGUUUAAAAUAGAAAGACAUGUUUUUUAUGUGUGGAUGUUAAAGCAGUAACAUCAUUUAAAGGGUUAAAAUAAUUAGAAUAAUUACAUUUUUGUUAUUUUUUGUAAGGACUGAAGUGAACUGAGCGAGUCCAGAAACAGAAGUUUUCACGGCCGUUUUUGGGACGUUUAGUCUGAACGGGAAACGAACCCUCGAGGUUAAAGAAGCUUUGUUUAACCACAGCGUGGACGCGGCUGAGAAGUCUCCUGGUUUGACGCGAGGACGAGGAACGUAGGUACUGAGGGGAAAGUGGGUUUAUGUGGAGAAGCUCCGGCUUCCGUUGGAGAAGAUUUCCAGUGAAACGUUACGCUGAAGUCGUCUCGGAUGCAGCUGCUGCUACUUUUAUCCAACAUCAAGCUCAUUUUCUGGAGCUUGUUGCUGUAAUUUUAUUCUUUUUUUAAAGGUUUUUCAAAGUGUUUCAUUCAUUUUUAACUUCCUCUGCACUCCCCAAACCCCAAAUAAAUCCUCCUUCUAUCCUACCCAGAAUGCAGUGCUCUGUGUGGAGGCAGAUGGCUGCUUCUCACUUACACUUGAUUAUAUGUAAAAACAAAGUUCAAGUAAAGUAAAAAUUCAUUUCCUCCGUUAUUUUAAAGGAUUUGACAGCCAGACCAGUGUGUGGCGUUAUGAAACAGGAAGUGACAUGGAGGAAAUGCAUCUCUGGGCCUGAAAGCUGCAGAGAAACGAGAUGAGCUUCCUCUGGGAUGUGAUGGCAUGGUGAAGUUUGUGUGGAUGAGCAGGCGUGAUGUUGCACCGAAGAGGAUUUUAAAGGGACUGAACAGUGAAGAGAUCCUGAUUCAAACUCCAGAUUCUUCUUUUUGGGGUAAAGGGUUCAUUUCAAGAUGAGUUUUUUUUUCUUUUCCUGUAGCUUUCCAUCAGUUCUGCUGUCAUCCCGUCACACCAGUGUACAAACCAACUGACCUUUAACCUCCGCCGUGUACUAUAGUAAAUGAAAAUGAUUUUCACAAAUAAAGAAAAACCUCUAAAAUCA